GAGCUGAGCGGAGCUGAGCGCGGUGCAGCCACACGACGCGGCCUCGCCGCCGGCUCCUGGCGGGGCAGUCCCGGCCCUCUCCCGCCGCCCCGCGGCAUGCCCGCCCUGCCCGGCCAGCGGGAAGAUGGGUGGGCGCCUCCUGGGCUGCGUCGUGCUGCUGUGGCUCGCAGCUGAGGUGGAAGGACUGCGAGUCACUGUGCCUGAGAAGAAGAAGGUAGCCAUGUUGUUUCAGCCUGCUCUGCUUCGCUGCCAUUUCUCUACUUCUUCCACCCAACCAGCUGUGGUGCAGUGGAGGUAUAAAUCUUACUGUCAGGACCGGAUGGGAGAAGCACUGGGUAUGGUGACUUCUGGUUUACAAACAAUGAGCAAGAGGAACCUGGACUGGGAUCCCUAUCUGGACUGUGUGGACAGCAGAAGGACGGUCCGUGUCGUGGCCUCCAAGCAAGGAUCUGCCGUCACUAUAGGGGACUUCUAUAAGGAGAGAGACGUCAGCAUCGUCCAUGAUGCAGACCUUCAGAUUGGGAAGCUGAUGUGGGGAGACAGUGGGCUGUAUUACUGCCUUAUUAUCACACCAGAUGAUGUGGAGGGCAAGAACGAAGAAUCAGUGGAGCUGCUUGUACUUGGCAGGACAGGGCUGCUUGCUGAUCUCUUGCCCAGUUUUGCUGUGGAGAUUAUGCCAGAGUGGGUCUUUGUGGGCCUGGUGAUCCUGGGAGCGUUCCUGUUCUUCCUCCUGGUGGGGAUCUGCUGGUGUCAGUGCUGCCCGCAUAGCUGCUGCUGUUACGUCCGCUGUCCUUGCUGCCCUGAGUCCUGCUGCUGUCCCCGGGCGUUGUAUGUUGCAGGCAAGGCAGCAAAAGCAGGGUACCCUCCUGCGGUCUCCUCCAUCCCAGGUCCGUACUACAUCCCCAGUGUUCCUGUAGCUGGUGUCCCGUCUCCUGCUGUGCUAAUGGAUAAGUCACACCCACCUCCCUUGGCUCCAAGUGACACUGGUGGAGGAAACCAAAAUGCAGUGCGCAAAGGGUACAGGAUCCAGACUGACAAGGAAAGGGACUCCAUGAAAGUGCUCUACUAUGUCGAGAAAGAACUGGCUCAGUUUGACCCAGCGAGGAGAAUGCGAGAGCAAUAUAACAACACUGUCUCUGAGCUCAGCUCUUUGCAUGAGGACGAUUUGAACUUCAGGCAGCCCUACCGCCAGGCACGGAGGAAACCUCUGCCUCCUGCAGAAGACCUGGAUGGUGAUGCUGAGUACUGGGCAGGAGUCAUUGGUGGGGGCAGCACAUCGAGAUCACAGGCGAUCUCUGAUUACAGAGAUGAGAGGGACAGUUUCCGGCACAGCCAGCAGAGAUCCAAGUCCGAGAUGUUGUCCCGCAAGAGUUUCUCUGUGGGAGUUCCAGCCGUCUCUAUGGACGAGCUGGCAGCCUUUGCAGAGUCCUACAGCCAGCGGGCACGGCGGGCAGACAGCCAGGAGACUCGGCGUUUCGAGCGGUCGGAGUCACGCAGUGGCCGUGCUGGAGGGCUGACCCAUCAGGAUAGCUCCAUGGAGGAGUACUACACUAAGCGCAGCAGGGGGAACCGAGAGCCACUGACGGACUCGGAACGGGGCUGGUCGUACAGCCCGCCCCGGAGACGGGCCCAUGAGGAGAAGCACCUGCCCAGGCUGGUGAGCCGGACACCCGGAGGGAGCCAGAAGUACGAUCACUCCUACCUCAGCAGUGUGUUGGAGAGAAAGUCCCGGAGCUAUGACGAAAACGGUGACCAUUGUGAAACCCCCUCAAAGCUGAGCUCACAGCCCAGCCAGAGAGGAGGGGGAACGUAUUAUGCUUGGUCACCGCCUUCUACCUACAAAUCCGAUACGUCUCAGCAACAGACGCCACCACCCGAGCAGGAGGAAGAGGAGGACACCCUGCCUCCCUACAGCGAGAGGGAGCUGAGCCGAGGCCCUUCUUACCGGGCCAGGGAGCAGGCCUACCUCAACGCCUCUGACAAGAAGAGGAAGAAGGAUCCCAAGAAAACAAAUGAUUUCCCAACGAGAAUGUCCCUCGUGGUUUGAAGUCACUGUGGACAUGUCAUGCCAAUGGGAUGGAUGCCAUAAUGUUGCUGCAGUGGAAAAGAUGCAGAGCAACAAGCAAACUGGGCCCCAGUGAACCUUUUCAGCCACCAGCCAGGGACUCCUUGUUCAAAAAUUGUUUCAUCAGGGCGGUAGACUCCCAUAAAGAGCACCCAAUCUCAGAGGCUUUGGAAGUCUGCCAGGAGAAUGAGCCAGGGCUCUCUUUGGCACCCUCCAUUCUGCACAGGAAGGCAGCCAUGUCCUUACGACCCCUGCAGCCCUGAACUAGGAGCAAGGCUGCCUUUGUGCCUCUUUUCCUAUCUCACGUGCAGAAAGAGGCCUGUGUGCAUACCUCAGGCUCCCUCUGUCUCCUCUGUUCACUGGAUCAAAAUUGUCUCCAUGCUUAGAGUCUAUUCUGUAUCAUCCCCACGCUGGGAGGAGACCUUGUUCUUACAACUGCAGACUGCCUCCAAGGCUCUAAAUUAUGAAAGAAAAUCUACAUCCUUUCAGAUACCACAGAGCAGGACUGAUGAGGUGUUUCUUGCAAGGGCUGAACAGAGAGAGAGAGAGACAAGUGUGGUCUGGUUUGUUCAAUAUAUUUAGUUAUGUUCAUUGUGUGCUGAGAGUUGCAAGUGAGAUUGAUGUAUUGUUUUGAAAGUGGAUCAAAGUAGCUUUUCUUGUGAUGAGAGCAUGAUGUAUUUUUUCCCCUUAUCCCCAACUGUGAUUUGUUUUGAUAAAGUUGCAUUUUCUUGCAGCUCAGCUACGACCCUUUAGAGCUUCAAGCUAGAAUAUGUACUCCACAUAUGGUAAGAGUGCUCCAACUUUGCUGGUAUUCUGCUCCCAGCACUUCCAGACUUAGUGGCCUUUUUAUUUUAAAGAAGUGAAAGGGAAAAAGAUGCAGUGAGAAGGUUGAAGAUCUUUGUUCUGUGAUACUGGGAUUGCUCCUUUCUGGUCAUUGUUCCCAGGCAUUGAACAAGCAGUGACAGCAAUUGGAAAAGAAUUGACACUGGGUGAACACGAACCUUGAAAGACCUUUUUCAAUUACAGUCAUUUCUUUCACUACAGUUGUGACAUGAUUUUAGUGGCUGUUGUCUCAGGAACAGCUGAAUUUAGAAGUGACUGCACCACGCCAUCUGGAAGCCGACAUUCUGGUUUUUGUGGGGUAAAAUGCAGUCAUUCCUCUAUAUUUUAGCUGCUAAAAUUACAUGAGGAAAAAUAGUGGGAAUUAUUCAGGGUCUGGUAUCUUGAUCACCAUCAGGCCUGGAAACAAGUUAGUACUCUGUUUUGUUGUGGAUGUUGUCAGCCUCUGAAAUGUCAUCUCAUAACUCUGGGCAUCCGUUCAUUACCUGGGUUCAAAUUCAUGAGGUGCUCACUCAAGCAAUAUGUUUUUGAACACUGGAUUGAUUGAUUAACAUCAGUGCAGUUCUCCGUAAAAAUUGCAGAUUCAUUUCUAUACAACUCCUUUGCAGUAUUAGCUCACCAGGAGUGGUCAUGGGAAAGGAAGAGUAAUCUCCCCAGACUUGAUGGUGUUGUAGUUUUUUUAUGCUAGAAGAUGAAUGACAGAAGGAUGGCUUUCUUUUCCACGCUUUUCUUCCUGGACAAAGAAAGAUUAGCCUGUAGGAACAUAAUAUACCUGGAUCUGUCUCACAGUACGGCUUGAGAAACUAAAUUUUAAGUACAUUUUGAUCCUUUCUCAUCAUUAAUGUAUGUUCCUAGGAAAAUCACAGCGCAGUUAACAAAAGGCUGGCGGGUGGUUUCCAUCUGAGGUCUCCAAGCCCUUGAGGGGCCUACAGUGUUACUCGACAUGCCGUUUAAAAUUAAACUUUUCACCCUGACAUACGAUAACACUGUCAAGCAAAAAAUGUUAAUAUUUUGUUGGUCUGAAAAUCUUGGGAGGUCCUAUGCCAUGGAUUUUAGGGAAGUUUAACCUGCUGUCCUUUCCGUCAAACAUCCAGCAGACUCAGGAAGCGCAUCACCACAUGGAGAUUUGUUUGCAUCCACAACAGCGAUUGUGUCAGAAACAGGCCCAUGAGCAACAUGGCUCUAUCAGUGUAAGUGAAUCGUCUGAAAAGUAGCUUUGUAGAGUUGGGCUUCCAUCUCCAUAGUUGCACAACCCUAAUGACCUGUGACUCCUGGAUGAGCAACACAGAGGAGCAGGAAGACAGCAGCAGGUAGGGGUCAUUUGUUUCAGAAAAGAGUAAUGGUAGCUUUGUGCCUAUACCAACUUCAAGAGCACCUGCAGGAUGCUGGCACUGGAAAAUAAUGAGCCUGAUUAUUGCACUUAGUCUGACAGUGACGGGGUCUCAAAUUAUAAAUUUUCCAGUGAUCAAUUUUUAUUGCUGGCAUAAAGUUUAAAUCUUUUUCAUACAGGAUAUGGAUGUCUGAGUCAUGUUGAUGAUGCAGAUGGUUUUGUUGCCUUCAAAUGAAGCAUCACAACAGUGACUAGCUAAGAAAACAACCAAGAUGAUAAGUGAAUCCCAUAAAAAAUUAUAAGCCCUUAGAGCAACAGCAGGAUCAAAUAUUAGUGCUAAAUCUGACUGUGCUGUCAGUAGUGUUAUCUGGGCUUCAGAAAAAAGUCUUGACAUAAUGGGAAAUACCAAUAGUAAUGACUUCUCAGUAAUCCCAUUAUGCCUUUAAAGUAUACUGUAAAAUUUCCAUGGGGUGGGUUUAGUGCAAACAUUCUCAGGCCAUUUACGCUGAAAUGGAAAGUUAACAAAGCCAGCACCUUGAAUACUUAAAAGCUUGGAGAAACUCCCACCUGAGACAGAUAGCCAGAAUUAUUCUCUGUGUUGGCAUAGAAUUAUAGAGUCCUGUAAUGGUUAUGGGCGGAAGGAACCUUAAAGACCAUCCAGCUCCACCUCCCUUGCCAUGGGCAGGAACACCUUCCACCACUUCAGGCUGUCCAGGGCCCAUCCAACCCAGCCUUGAGUGCCUCCAGGGAUGGGAUAUCCACAGCUUCUCUGGGCAGCCUGUGCCAAUGCCUCACCGCUCUCUGAGUGAAGAAUUUUCUCCUAAACCUCCUAAAUUUAACCUAAAUCUCCUGUUUUAGUUUAAAACCAUUCCCUCUUGUUGCUAUCACACCAUGUAAAAAAGUCAGUCUCCAUCUUUUUAAUAAGCCCCCUUUAAGUUCUGAGAGACCACAAUGAGGUCCCCUUGGGGCCUUCUUCAGUCUGAACCAGCUCCCUCUGCCUUUCAUCAUAGGAGAAGUGCUCCAGCCCUCUGACCUUUUGGCCUCCUCUGUACCUGCUCCAACAGCUCUGCAUCCUUCUUGUUCUGAGGGCCCUAGGCUUGGACACAGUAUUCCAUAUGGAGUUUCACGGGCAGAGCAGAGGAAGACAAUCCUCUCCCUCACCCUGUUGGCCACUCCUCUUUUGGUACAGCCUGGGGUACAGCUGGCCUGGACCGUGGGUGCACACAAUGCACACUGCUGGCUUGUGUUUAGCUUUUUGUCCACCAGAACCCCCAAGUCCUUGGCAAGGCUCCUCUCCCAGUUGGUACAUAUCUGGGAUUGUCCCAGCCCAGGUGUAACACCUUGCACUUGGCUGUGCUAAACCUCAUGUGGGCCCACUUCUCAAGCCUGUCAUCUGGAUGACAUCCCUUUCUCAUACUGUGUGAACUGCACCACUCAGCUUCAUGUCAUCUGUAAACUUGCUGAGGGUGCAAUCGAUCCCAUCGUCUGUGUCACUGUUAAAAAUGCUGAAAAGCAUUGCUCCAAGGGUAGACUCCCAUGACUGGUCUCCACCUGGAAAUAAAGCUGAUCACUUUGGCUGCAACCAUCCAACCAAUUCCUUAUCCACCGAACAGUCCAGCAUUUAAAUCCAAUUCAGAGAUAAGGAUGUAGUAUGAGACCAUGUCAAAGUCCAGGUAAAUAACAUGAAUUUCCCUUCAUUGUCCACCAAGCCAUUGCUCCCUCACAGAAGACCACCAGAUUAGUCAGGUGCCAUCUGCCCUUGGUGAAGCUAUGCUGGCUGUCUCAGCUCACCUCCACAUUUGUCACGUGCCUUAACAUAUCUUCCAGGAUGAUCUGUUUUGUGAUCUUCCCAGCCACAGAAGUGAGGAUCAUGGAUCUGUAGUUCCCUGGGUCUUCUUUUUUACCUUUCUUAAAAGUAGGAGUGAUGUUUCCCUUUUUCUCACGUUUGUCCAGGCCCCUUCAGAUAACAUCCCUUCUAUAUCUCAUAACUGUACCACUCAGCUUGGUGUUGUCUGCAAAGUUGCUGAAUGCAGACUUGAUCCUGCUGUCUGUCAUUGAUAAAGAUGCUGAAGAGCAACAGUCCCAAAACAAACUCCUUUGGGACACCACUCAUCACUGGCCUCCAGCUGGACAUUGAGCUAUUGACCACAGUUCUCUGGCUGUGGCCAUCAAGCCAAUCUGUAUCCACUUAAAAUAGGGAAAGAAACGGAAACUGAAGUAAGUAUAGUAGCCCUUUUUAUUAAGUCAGAGAUGGCCACCAGCAACAUGCCCCAGGCUGCUUUACCUGUGCAGCCAGCACUGCCAGUCAUGUGCUGAGCUUCCUUGGAAAGUUCCAGCUGCCACUGUUGCGUGGAUCCCUCAGCAGCACACUGAGUCAUGAUUUUAACUCUGGAUUGUGACUCUGAAAUUCCCUGCUGACCAUGGAUCAGCAGUUAAACUGCUUUCUUGUCCUUUUUGUUCCAACAAGCCCACUCUGGGUGGGUAAUACUAGUUCACUAGUUCACCUGCAACAGAAGUAGACAAAUAGUUUGGCAACCGAUUAAAGACUAUUACGUACAGCCUCCCUUUGUAGAGUGCCCUGAAACUGGAUAUAAAAAUUUGUGGGAAGGAGUAGCAAAGAAAAUGUCAGGAUCAGGCACCUUAAGACAGAAUUGAUCUUAUAAAGGGGAAAUUCAUUCUCUGAGAAUUUUUUUUCAAGUAAUUUUAGGAGAGUUAGCACGUGGAUGCCACUGUUGGAAUGUGACCAGCCUUCCUCAGUAACAGACUAGUUUGACAUUGUGCAGAAGAGCUUUUCUCGGCCCAUUUGCCAGCUUGCUUCCACAGUCCCAGGUCAUCCUGAGUAUUCUAACUGCUAAUGUCUCUUUUGACCAAAGGUCCCUUCCAAAGCUGCUUCUCUGAAGAAACGCAGAGCAGUCCCUGGCCUGCACAAACACAGAUCGCUGAGCAGGAGCGAUCACAGAGCAUUUUACAAGUCAAAUAUAGCCACAAACUUUUAUGGAAUCAUAGAAUGGGCUGGGUUGAAAAGGACCGCAACGAUCAAAUAGUUUCAACCCCCCUGCUACAUGCAGGGUCGCCAACCACCAAACCAGGCUGCCCAGAGCCACAUCCAGCCUGGCCUUGAACACCUACAGGGAUGGGGCAUCCACAGCCUCCUUGGGCAGCCUGUUCCAGUGUGUCACCAACUGUGUGUGAAAAACUUCCUCCCAGUAUCUAACCUAAACUUCCCAUCUCAGUUUAAAACCUUCCCCCUUGUCCUAUCAAUAUCCACCCUCAUGAACAGUCAUUCCCUCUGCUGUUUAUACACUCCCUUCAAGUACUGGAAGGCCACACUGAGGUACAUAAAUACAAAGUUUAUCAUGCCUGGAUUAUUCUGAAAAUAAAACAAGUUGAGACCGUUCCACUGAGAAAAUGCUCAGAGCUAUCUUUUUUCCUUCAUGGACCUUUCACAUGAAGCUGUGGGUGAGGUUCUGUUCUGUGUCACUAAGUACAGGUCAGGGACAUGUGGAAAUGAAAGCUGAAGUGGCUUUAGCUCACUCUUUAACUGGGCCAGGAGCAAACUGACCUUUGGCAUAAGCCAGGUGCUGCAGAACUGACUGACUCCUGGAACCUCUGUAGGGCAGCACUGCCAUCUGGCUAUAAUGGUGUGUAUGCUUUGUGUAGCAGCUGAGCUGCCAAAAGUGCAGUCACUUGGGGCUCCUGAAGCCGUUGUCCUAUUACCUGGGAGGUCAGAGAAGAGAUCCCUGUACUCUACAUGAUGGGUCAACUAUUGUUUUUGAUACCACCUCAAUAGUGCCAGCUGAAUUAUCAGCAUCAGAAACAGAAUGAUAUUAGUAACAAUAGGAAUAAGUUGGAGGAAUAUGCCAUGAUUCCCAUGCCAAUUCUCUUGAGACCUUUAUAACAGCUUCUGGACAUUCACACCUGCCUUUGCUAGGAGAGACCUUCAUCCCCUCUCCCUGUCUGCCCUUUGCCCUUUGUCUCCCUGUCUGCCCUCUGCCAUGCAUGUGAUCCCUCUCGGACUGCUCUGCAUGCUCGACUGUUCGCAGCUGACCUUCAGCCCGAAGCUUCAGUCAGUUUGGCUGUGGACUGAAUUUUGUCUAAACAAAAAAAAAAAACAAAAAACAAAAAACCAAACAUUUUUACCACCCCCCCCCCCCCCCCCCCCCCUUAUAAAAGCAAAAAAUACAGGAAGCACAAAACAAAACCCCAAGCCUUCCAUCUAUUCUCAAAUGCAAGCAGAGAUGUUACUGGAAACAUUUUAAAAAUUCAAGCCGAAGGCAGUUUCAAAGUAAGUGGGUAUUGUUUCCAGUCCCAGGGCAGCUGCAGUAAGAGCUCUGAAGAGCAAACAACAAAAGCAAACCCAUUCAGAUUUCUUUGUCCUUGAUGAGAGCAGCAGCAGAGGGAGGGAGGCAGUGCUUCAUCACUCAGAGAGUGCAAAUGUGACUCCAAGAUGUUGUGUUACAUCUGAGUUUAGAAGUAUGAAUUAAAAGCUGUCAGGCUGAUUUUAAAAGCAGAUCUCAGUCAAGGAAAUGGCACAGUUUUCAUCUCCAGUGCCUCUUGGUGGAUUUCACUUGCUCACUUAUCUUUAUUCCUGCAAAGCCUUUAUUUGUGCCCUGAGAGCCACAUGCCCUCUGUGCCCAAACACCAGAUGAAUGUGGAGGUGAUGGGGAGCUCCUGCGCACCCGUGUCACCCAGCCCGCAGAGCACCAGCGCUGGCACAUCACACAUCCCUCACGUGUUGGCAGCCAGGGGCCUGCUUUUUACACACCCUAUUGAGAAUUCCAGCCAUGGUUAUAGUCCUCUUGCUGUUUGUCACAGAGCUGUUGGUUGUAUCUUUUUUUUUUUUUCUUUUGUUGCAGUUGCUUGUCUGCAACGGCUUUGUUACGCAGUGAGGGAGCGGCUUUCUUUGCUGUGCUCAGCUUUUGCUAUUUUGCUUAAAUUCUCCUUCUCACCUGUAAUGAAGUUAUUUCCAUAAUGGGAUGCUGGAGGGAGUGUCAGAGAGACACACUGCUCUGUACAGCGACAAUACAAGCACUUUGACAGCUUUCUGGGACAUGUCCUCACCCUCAGUUACUAACCAUUAUACAUUCACCAUGCUUGCAGUUUCCAAUUUGUUGCUUUUGAGUUGUCACCAUGGAGAAUAAAAGCAGGAAAAGCUACUGCCAA